AUGACACACAUGAGGUUUAAAGCUUUGCACUGUCAUGAUUUGGCUGUGUGCGGGCCCCUCGGACCCUCCAGCGGAGACGAGGAAGUGCUGGCUGGGCUCUCCAGAACCCCCAGCAGAGACAGGCACAAGGACAGCAAACAGGUCGCCGUGGUGUAUUUCAGGAACGGUUACAUGCCUGACAACUACACUUCUGAACAGAGCUGGGAUGCUCGUCUUCUGAUGGAGCGCUCUCGAGCUGUGAAGUGUCCAGAUAUCAGCGCUCACCUGGCUGGUACCAAGAAGGUUCAGCAAGUGCUCGCCAGACCUGGAGUCCUGGAGAGGUUCUUCCCGGACCAGCCUCAAGCUGUGCAGCAGAUCCGAGCGACAUUCGCUGACCUCUACACUCUAUACACGGGUCCAGAGAUCUAUAAAACAGUAUCAAUGGCCUUGCAGCAGCAGAACGGUUUGUCUUGA